CCGGGCGCACGGCGGCGCGGGGUCCGGCCCGGCGCGGAGGCGCGAGGGCCGCCGCCGGCGCGAGGCGCGGGACCCCGUUGGCUGCUCCGCCACGCUCCCCGCCCCUCCUCCCGCCCCGUCUCCCCUCCCUCCGGGGCGGGCGCCGGAGCUGGAUCCCGAGCUGCUGAGGCGCGGGCAGCGCUCUCUCGGCGCCGGCAGCGGCCACAGCAGCCUGGCGCGCAGCGGCGGCGGGCGGGCGCCGCGGGCUCGGCCAGGACCCGCGCGGACCGGGGCGCUGCGGCGGCGGCUCGCGCGGGCGCGCACGGCGGCUCCCCAGGACCCUGCCAACAGGGCUGUCUGGCCCGUGGAGCUGGAGCCCGGUGAGCGGCGGGGACGAGAGACGCCUUCCUAGUCCCCAGCUCUGAAGAAAGCCAGAGUGGAGGACGAUCAGCGAUCAAGUUUUCUGAGUGACAUUUUCUUUACAUUUUAAAAUCUGCAGCCUUGGAUGGAAUUCCCCCCCUAUCGUUUCUAUUUGCCAGGUUUUCUCUGACCGGCUAUAGUCCAGGUUUCUUGAGCUUGAACCCUGGUCUUGGCUGCUUCUCCGUUCACUAAGGAGCCCUGGGAAGCAAAGCAAGCAGAUUAAACGAUUUAACUGAAGACAAAGCAUUCUAUUCCUCAGAGACUGGACAAGAGUUACUCUUGCUUUUGGCAAUUAAAGAUGAUGUUGUCAUGGAAACAGUUGAUCCUGCUUUCGUUCAUUGGCUGCCUAGGAGGUGAGCUGCUCUUACAAGGCCCAGUGUUUAUCAGAGAGCCCAGCAACAGCAUUUUCCCUGUUGGUUCAGAGGAUAAAAAAAUGACUUUUCAUUGCGAAGCAAGAGGCAACCCUUCACCUCAUUACAGAUGGCAGCUAAAUGGAAGUGAUAUUAAUCUGAGUAUGGAAUAUCGUUAUAAAUUGAAUGGAGGAAAUCUUGUGGUUGUUAACCCCAGCAGAAAUCGGGAUACAGGAAAUUACCAGUGCUUUGCAACGAAUUCGCUUGGAACGAUUGUUAGCAGAGAAGCUAAACUCCAGUUUGCCUAUCUUGAAAACUUUAAAACCAAAAUGAGAAGUACAGUGUCAGUGCGUGAAGGCCAGGGAGUCGUCCUACUCUGUGGCCCUCCACCUCACUCUGGAGAACUAUCAUAUGCUUGGAUCUUCAAUGAAUACCCAUCAUUUGUUGAAGAAGAUAGUCGGAGGUUUGUUUCUCAGGAGACAGGCCACCUCUACAUAGCCAAGGUGGAGCCAUCCGACGUGGGAAAUUACACAUGUGUGGUGACAAGUAUGGUGACAAAUGCCAGAGUGCUGGGCUCCCCAACUCCUUUGGUUCUACGUUCUGAUGGUGUGAUGGGCGAAUAUGAACCAAAAAUAGAAGUUCAGUUUCCAGAAACUCUUCCAGCAGCUAAAGGUUCAACUGUGAAAUUGGAAUGUUUUGCUCUUGGAAAUCCUGUACCUCAGAUUAAUUGGAGAAGAAGUGAUGGACUGCCCUUUUCCGGUAAAAUUAAAUUGAGGAAGUUCAAUGGUGUCCUUGAAAUCCCCAACUUCCAACAGGAAGAUGCAGGGUCCUAUGAAUGCAUUGCUGAGAAUUCACGAGGAAGAAAUGUCGCCAAAGGGCGUCUCACUUACUAUGCGAAGCCUCAUUGGGUUCAGCUCAUAAAAGAUGUGGAAAUAGCAGUGGAGGACAGUCUUUAUUGGGAAUGCCGAGCCAGUGGAAAGCCCAAACCCUCCUACCGAUGGUUGAAAAAUGGAGAAGCCCUUGUGCUUGAGGAGAGAAUACAGAUAGAAAAUGGUGCCCUUACAAUAUCAAACCUAAAUGUGACUGAUUCUGGCAUGUUCCAAUGCAUAGCAGAGAACAAACAUGGUCUUGUCUAUUCCAGUGCGGAACUCAAGGUUGUGGCUUCUGCUCCAGAUUUUUCAAAGACUCCAAUGAAAAAGUUGAUUCAAGUGCAGGUGGGCAGCACAAUCAGCUUGGAAUGCAAACCCAGAGCCUCCCCUAGGGCACUGUCUUCCUGGAAGAAAGGAGAUGUGAUAAUGCAGGAGGAUGAAAGAAUUUCUCUUUUAAAAGAUGGAGGCCUCAGAAUAGCCAAUGUGACUAAAGCUGAUGUUGGAACUUAUACCUGCAUAGCAGAAAACCAGUUUGGGAAAGCAAAUGGCUCUACACUCUUGGUUGUGACAGAACCAACGAGAAUAACUUUGGCACCAUCCAACAUGGAUGUCUCUGUUGGCGAAAGUGUCAUUUUACCCUGCCAGGUGAAACACGACCCCCUCUUAGACAUCAUGUUUACUUGGUAUUUCAAUGGGGCCCUCACAGAUUUUAAGAAAGACGGAUCUCACUUUGAGAGAGUCGGUGGGAGUUCAUCUGGCGACUUAAUGAUCAGAAACAUCCAGCUGAAACACAGUGGAAAAUAUGUUUGUAUGGUGCAAACAGGGGUGGACAGUGUUUCAUCUGCAGCUGACCUCAUAGUACGAGGUUCACCAGGACCACCAGCACAUGUGAAGGUAGAUGAAAUUACGGACACAACAGCCCAGCUCUCUUGGAAAGAAGGUACAGACAGCCAUAGCCCAGUCAUAUCCUACUCUGUCCAGGCAAGAACACCUUUCUCCGUGGGCUGGCAAACUGCCACAACAGUGCCUGAGGUCAUUGAUGGGAAAACACACACAGCUACAGUAGUCGAGUUAAACCCAUGGGUGGAAUAUGAAUUUCGGGUUGUAGCCAGUAACAAAAUCGGAGGUGGAGAACCCAGUUUGCCCUCAGAAAAAGUAAGAACUGAAGAGGCAGUUCCUGAAGUGCCUCCUUCCGAAGUCAGUGGAGGAGGUGGAAGCCGGUCUGAACUGGUGAUCACUUGGGAUCCAGUCCCUGAAGAACUACAGAAUGGUGAAGGUUUUGGGUACGUUCUUGCUCUUCGCCCGCUUGGAGUUACCAGCUGGAUUCAGACAGUGGUCACAUCUCCGGAUACCCCAAGAUAUGUCUUUAGGAACGAAAGCAUCAUGCCAUUUUCACCAUAUGAAGUAAAAGUAGGUGUUUAUAAUAACAAAGGUGAAGGACCAUUUAGCCCAGUGACAACAGUGUUCUCUGCAGAAGAAGAGCCUACAGUAGCUCCAUCUCAAGUCUUUGCAAAUAGCCUGUCUUCCUCAGAAAUUGAAGUGUCGUGGAACUCCAUUCCUUGGAAGUUGAGUAAUGGACAUUUACUAGGCUAUGAGGUGCGGUACUGGAAUAACGGAGGAGAGGAGGAAUCAAGUAAAGUGAAAGUGGCGGGAAAUGAGACAUUGGCCAGACUGUGCGGCUUGAAGAGCAACCUGGCAUAUUACACAGCUGUCCGGGCUUACAACAGUGCCGGGGCCGGCCCCUUUAGUGCCACAGUGAAUGCAACCACCAAGAAAACUCCUCCCAGUCAACCACCAGGAAAUGUUGUUUGGAAUGCUACAGACACAAAAGUGUUACUUAAUUGGGAGCAAGUUAAAGCAAUGGAGAAUGAAUCAGAAGUAACAGGAUAUAAAGUUUUCUAUAGGACUAGCAGGCAAAAUAAUGUGCAAGUGCUGAACACAAAUGGAACUUCAGCUGAACUUUUGCUGCCCAUUAAUGAGGACUACAUUAUUGAAGUUAAGGCCACGACGGAUGGAGGGGAUGGGACCAGUAGUGAACAGAUCAGGAUUCCAAGAAUGACCAAUAUGGAUGCAAGAGGUUCCACUUCAGCCAUCUCCAAUGUCCACUCUGUGUCAAGUUAUAUACCUAUAGUACUGUUCUGUAUUGCAAAUGCCCUGUGGUGAUAUUAACUUUUUAAAAUUAUUUACUGGAAAGUUUAUUGGUUACAAAAAAAAGUGCUUUCAUGAAAUGCAGUGAUUAUGCAUGUUUUUUUUCAACUCUGUAUUUUUAACUUUCUACAUAGAUAAAAUAUGAAUAUGAUUUAAAAAAAGCUAAAUCCUUUUAGGGGAAUCUAAAAUGCCUUAAUAUUUGCUUGAUAAACCAAAGGAAUUUACAUAGUACAUACUUCAGACUUUUGAUAUAUUCUUAAGCUAUGAUUUUAAGCACUGCCUAUACAUACACA